GAGGAAACAGACAUUGUUCCUCUCUCCACAGAGAUGGUUGGUGGUCGCUUUUCUUGCCUGAGCUGCCUCUUGACAUAUAUUGUUGCGCUUUGUCUCUGGACCUGCCUCCAUGAUGUGGAGGCCUCUGUUAAAAACUCUGUCAUUCAUAAAAAAGUUGGAGAUACUGUGGAGCUUUCAUCAGGCUUAUCAACUGAAGGGGUCACCGUUGCACAAUGGAAAUAUGGACGUAUAAAACUUACAGAAAAGAGUGGAGUUGUUUCUGGAAACCAUCAGUUUCAGAGCAGACUAGAGUUCAACCCCACUGACUUCAGUUUAACAGUGAAGAAACUGACUCUUCAAGAUUCUGGGGAUUUCAGUUUUAUCUCAGAUGUGAAUAACACGCAAAGACCUACAGUCACCAUAACUCUGAAAGUUCACGAGCCCAUAACUGAGCAGCCCAUCCUGACCUCCAGAAGUAUUCAGACUUUUCUAAAUGGAUCCUGUGUAGUUUUGUUGGAGUGUAAAGCAGCUUGUAACGUCAGCUACAGCAUCACUGUGGGAAACCAAACUUACAAUGAAGCCAGCCUGCAGUACAUCAUCAGAGCACAAGAUGGAGGCACAACAUUCAGCUGUACAGUCGCUAAUGUUGUCAGCCAGCAAUCAGCCUCCACACCAGUGACAUGUGACUCUUCUGAGAACGCUGAAGGUUAUUUAAUGAUGAUCCUGAUCGGGGCUGGAGGACUUCUAGUGAUCAUCAUCAUCAGUGUAGCAGUCGGAUGUUGUUGCUGCAGAAGAAGACAUGAAGGCAGCGACUCAAAUGAACUCACCGUGUACGCCGACAUCUCUGAUGUAAUAGAUAAGACUCAAUCUGAUCUGAAGCCUUGCUCUUUGUAUGAGACCAUUGAUAAUCUUCCACACAUAGUUCCAAACGGGCCUCAGACCGUGUACGACAGGAUUCAGCUUAACCGGUUCAAGAAGAUGUCAGUGUCGCCCUACCAGGAGGUUUCCUAGACGGUGCAAAGCUUGAACCUUUUUUCUGUUUUUUUUUUUUUUUUUUUUCAGUAACAAAUUAAAUAUUUUGUGUUUUUUUCAGAGCAUCACUUGAAAAAUGUUCAGCCCAAGAAAAUGUAGAGCUGAUACAGAAAGGGUUUGAUACUUGAGCUGAGACACUACAACCAGCUUUGCUUAAAAAAAAGUUA